AUGGUCCGAACCCGCCGACUGAGGCGCGGUGAGGUGACCUACUCAUGGGCAAGAAACGCAGAGACGAAUAUCCUGGUUGCUCUUGAGGACCAUAAGAAAACGAUCAAGCUCUGCGCCAACCUUCUGAAGAAGUCAGCCUUACUUCAACAAGCUGCUGCCCAUCACCUCAGAUUAUCUCCCGAACAAUGUGAACCUUCUCAUCCCAAAAGCUGGCUGUUUGGGAGCUUCAAUGUCUGCAUUCCUAUCUCCGUCCCUGGUAACAAGGAAGUCUUGAUGCGAUUCCCAAUAUUGCACCGAAUUGGUGAAUCAUUCCGACCCGGCAAUGCUGAUGAAAAGCUACGAUGCGAAGCAGGUGCUUAUGCCUGGCUACGGGAGAAUUGUCCUUCAAUCCCUGUGCCUAAGCUUUACGGGUUUUCUCUUUCAACAGGUCAGAAUUUUACGGCUAUUGAGAACCUACCUCCUGUUCCGCGACUCCUCCAUCACCUACGCCGCCGCCUGCUCAAAUUAUUUGGGUGCGCAGUUCCAUCCGCAUACAUCCCUCAGGAAGGGCUGGAUUUAAGUAUCUUGAAAGCUGGUUAUCUCUUGAUUGAGCGUAUACCGGAAUCUUAUGGAAGAAUGCUCUCAUGCACCUGGGAAGACAAACGACACGACAAAGGGCUCCGUGCAAAUCUAUUCAAAGGCAUCUCAAAGACAAUUUUAACACUCGCUCAGGUUCCGGUACCACGAAUUGGAUCAUUUAUGAUCGAUGACAGUGGUUUCCUGACACUAAGCAACAGGCCACUCACUCUGGAAAUCAUGGAUUCAGAAAGUCAGCAAAUUCCAGUUGACAUUCCAAGAGAUAUGACCUACUCCUCAGUCAACGCGUACGUCCUCGACUGUCUCUCAUUUCAUGACAAUCGUUUACACUUUCAGCCAAAUGCAAUCAAUGAUAGCCCUUACAACUAUGCGAACCGUUGUCAGACAUUUUUUUAG